CUAAAUUUUGCGGCAAUUUCUGUUCUCCCUGUUUGAACUGAACAAAAUUUUGCAUACUUCUUCAUUUUUUUUGCCGCUUCAGCGAGCGCGCAUCAUAUAAUAAGCUUCCAUUGUGUGAGAUUCUCGGUGGUGGUGUUCUGCAGAAUCGAAACCUUGAAGUUGCUUCAAACUUUUCGGGAAUUUUCCUCGUUCUUCAACUUGUUCUGAUUCCGUAUCCGUUGAUUUCAUUUAAAAGCUUGGAUAAAUUCACCUUGAAGAAGUUUGUCGUGAUAUCGAUUUUCUGUAGCAAUUGGUUUAAGUAUGGUCACAGUGGAGAAUGCAACGAAUAAGAAAUAUGAUCGUCUACCUAGAGAAGCAAGGGAGAUUUUGCAGUCAUUGGCUACCAAAUGGGGAGACGAAAUUGAUUCAAGUGCAUUGCAAAUGAUCCCUUUGAAGGGAGCCAUGACCAACGAGGUCUUUCAAAUUAAGUGGCCGACUAAGAAUGAGGAUGUCUCUAGAAAGGUUUUAGUUAGGAUUUACGGUGAAGGUGUGGAUGUGUUUCUUAACCGAGAAGAUGAGAUAAGGACAUUUGAAUUUAUAUCGAAGCAGGGGCAGGGACCUCGGCUUCUUGGGCGAUUUUCGACUGGUCGAAUUGAAGAGUUCAUCCGUGCAAGGACAUUAUCAGCAGUGGAUCUACGUGAUUCAGAAAUAUCUUCUCUUAUAGCCAUUAAAAUGAAGGAGUUCCAUAAUCUUGAUAUUCCUGGUCCGAAGAACGUGUGCUUGUGGAAUAGAUUGCGAAAUUGGCUAACUGCUGCCAAAAAAAUUUCUCCACCUGAAGAAGCCAAAGCCUUUCGCUUGGAUUCUAUGGAAGAAGAGAUUUCUGCAUUGGAAAAGGACCUCUUUGAUGAUCAUCAAACUAUAGGUUUUUGCCACAAUGAUGUACAGUACGGAAACAUAAUGCUAGACGAGGAGACUAGAUCAAUAACUAUAAUCGAUUACGAAUAUGCAAGUUAUAAUCCCAUAGCCUUUGACAUUGCGAAUCACUUCUGUGAGAUGACCGCGGAUUAUCAUACGGACACUCCACAUGUUUUGGUCCACACCAAAUAUCCCGGUUUGGAGGAGCGUAAAAGAUUCCUGCAAAAAUAUCUGAGUGCUUCAGGUCGUCAGCCCAGUGAUGCUGAGGUAAUGCAAUUAGUCCAAGAUGUCGAGAAGUAUACUCUUGCUAGCCAUCUUGUUUGGGGCCUCUGGGGAAUAAUAUCGGAGCAUGUGAACGAUAUCGACUUUGAUUACAUCGAAUAUGCGAGGCAGAGGUUUGAACGAUAUUGGACUAGGAAACGUGAUCUUCUCGGUAAAGAGAAACCGACCCGUGAUUAGUUGGUGUUGAGUUUUGGUUUCCAUGUGAAAAUCAGUAGGAAAGUUUGUUUAUGGUUUUGAAGGUUCAAUGAUUAGAAUUUUGACCUUUCUCUGAAAAGCUUUUGUAAUUGACCUCCCAUGGUGAACGGUCGCUCCACAUGAUUGUGUUGUGUGUAAUAAUAUUAAGUGAAUAAAUAAUUUUGUUUCUGUAACCAAAAAACUAAACGAGAUGAUGUUAAUAAAUCCAAUAAUAUUAAUUUGUAAUA